CGGCAGCGGUAACCAUAAUAACAGGUAGAGAACGCUUUCCGACAGAAAAUGGCGACUUACAUAUGAGGACGUGAAGUAAGAAGUACUCGGCAAUGACAUUUUAGUUAUUACUUAUGUUCUAAUAUUAGGCUACGUUUCUUUCUUAUUUUGGAUUUAAUGUUUGUACCGUCUCGGGAGGAGACAUUAUAGAAAGGCGAUGAGUGGAUCUGUGAUUCAAGAGAAGGUUGCUAAACUCUUAAGCAGACAGAAUGGAAAACCCGUACUGAGACCCAUCAAACCUCUGGCGCUGAAGAAUGAAGUCGCCAGCCGCAAACUGAAGAAAGGAGAGGCCACCUGUGUAACGGAAAUGUCAUUGCUGAUGGCUUGCUGGAAACAGAAUGACUUCAACAACACAGUCUGUUCUAAAGAAGUCUCAGUCUUCUACACAUGUGUUGAAAAGGCGCAGAACAAGGCCAAAGGAAAGCAGGGAACCCAGGGUCGACUUUUGCCUAAAGAAGCCAACACCUUAUUAAAACGAUUUCCCAACCUGAGCAGUGAGAUCUAGGACCAGUAACACAGAUUAGUCAAAGAAUGGACACUUUUAUUGUCUGAGCUGUAUAGAUGAGCACUUUAGUCUGAGUGUAUCUGACUGGGCCGAGCAGUUGAUGAGAACGGGGUGUGGAAAGGUUUU